GCUUCGUUCACACUCGCCUUUUACGCACACCCUUCUCCGGCAGGAACCGCGCGCACGCGCAGUCGGUGCAGUCCCUUGGAUCUUGCUGGCUGUGGUAGUCGUUGUGUACACCCUUCGAGGACCAAACUAAAGAUGUUCGCCCUCAAGCUCGCCGCCCCCGUUUCACGAACUGUGGCCUCUGCCACUUCCCGGUCUUGCCUGCGGCCUCUGUCCUCAUCAGUCAGCAACAGCAGACUCUUUGAAGAGAACCAGAGCAAGUCCGUGGUGCUGCCCGCCGGAGUCUCUGGGCUGGCUCUUGGCGCUGGGCCUCUUAGCCAAGUUGUGCGGGGCUUCCAGACCAGUGCAGUCCAGCGGGACAUUGACUCUGCUGCAAAGUUCAUUGGAGCUGGAGCUGCUACCGUCGGUGUCGCCGGCUCUGGUGCUGGUAUCGGCAGUGUGUUCGGCAGCCUGAUCAUCGGCUAUGCCCGGAACCCAUCCCUGAAGCAGCAGCUGUUCUCCUAUGCCAUCCUGGGCUUUGCCCUGUCUGAGGCCAUGGGUCUCUUCUGUCUUAUGAUGGCCUUCCUGUUGCUGUUCGCCUUCUAAGACACUGCCACAUGCCACGAUCCUUUUUUUUUUUUUUUCCGAAUUGUGCAUUAGAGACAGUUGUUGGCUGGCAAUCGGACCUCUUGUGUUUGGAGGGGGGACUGCCCGUAGUGCAGGUCAUCUGUAAAUGCCCGGACACUGAAUUAAACAAGUAAAAAGA